CGGGGCUGGCGAGCGGAGUCGAGGCGGCGCUGGACUUGGCGCUGUUGCUGGUGGAGGCGACAUGCAGGCCGACGCGAGGCUGGAGCGCGGCAGCCGGGUCCUGACGCCGCAGUCGGCGCCGAGCUUGGAGCCGGACCCGGAGCUGGGCCCGGACCCGGAGGAGGACGCGCGGGCCCGGGCCAAGUUCGCGGCGCUGCACGGCCCGGCGCUGCGCGCGUCGGGGGUCCCCGAGCGGUACUGGGGCCGCCUCCUGCACAAGCUGGAGCAUGAGGUUUUCGACGCUGGGGAGAUGUUCGGGAUAAUGCAAGUGGAGGAAGUGGAGGAGGAUGAGAGCGAGGGCGACGCGGCCCGGCAAGUGCGGAAGAAGCCCAACCCCGGCGGCCAGCUCUGCUACAAGGUCAUCGUGACCAACGAGAAUGGGCUUCAGGCGGCCGACCCCAACAGCAUCUUCCUUAUCGACCACGCCUGGACGUGCCGCGUGGCGCACGCCCGCCAGCAGCUGCGGCAGGUGCCCGGCCUGCUGCACCGCAUGGCCAACCUGAUGGGCGUCGAGUUCCACGGCGAGCUGCCCAGCACCGAGGCCGUGGACCUGGUGCUGGAGGAGAUGUGGAAGUUCAACCAGACCUACCAGCUGGCCCACGGGACGGCCGAGGAGAAGGUGCCGGUGUGGUACAUCAUGGACGAGUUCGGCUCGCGCAUCCAGCACGCGGACGUGCCCAGCUUUGCCACCGCGCCCUUCUUCUACAUGCCCCAGCGGGUGGCCUACACGCUGCUGUGGCCCCUGAGGGACCUGGACACGGGCGAGGAGGUGACCCGGGACUUUGCCUACGGAGAGGCCGACCCCCUGAUCCGGAGGUGCGUGCUGCUGCCCUGGGCCCCCGCCGACCUGCUGGACCUCAGCUCCUCCACGCCCGAGCCACCCGAGGAGCUCUACCAGGCCAUUUUGGAGGAAAACAAGGAGACGCUGCCACUGGCCGUCAAGCCGGCGGUGUAUCCCCGCGACCAUGUCUUCAGGGUCUACACGGACGUCCGGCAGGUGCUCAGCCACCUCAGCCACCCGCGCUUCACCUUCACCCAGAGCGAGGCGGACGCCCACAUCCUCUUCCACUUCUCGCACUUCAAGGACUACAGGAGGCUGAGCCAGGAGAGGCCCAGCGUGCUGCUGAACCAGUUCCCCUGCGAGAACCUGCUGACGGUGAAGGACUGCCUGGCCUCCAUCGCGCGCCGGGCCGGCGGCCCCGAGGGCCCGGCCUGGCUGCCCCGCACCUUCAACCUGCGCACCGAGCUGCCGCAGUUCGUCAGCUACUUCCAGCAGCGGGAGAGGCGGGGCGAGGACAACCACUGGAUCUGCAAGCCCUGGAACCUGGCCCGCAGCCUGGACACCCACAUCACCAAGAGCCUGCACAGCAUCAUCCGGCACCGCGAAAGCUCCCCCAAGGUUGUGUCCAAAUACAUUGAAAGUCCCGUCUUGUUCCUUCGAGAAGAUGUGGGGAGGGUCAAGUUCGACAUCCGCUACAUCGUGCUCCUGCGGUCGGUGCAGCCCCUGACGUUGUUCGUCUAUGACGUGUUCUGGCUGCGGUUCUCCAACCGGCCCUUCGCACUCAACGACCUGGACGACUACGAGAAGCAUUUCACUGUCAUGAACUACGACCCGGAAUUGGUGCUGAAGCAGAUGCACUACGAUGAGUUUGUCCCGGAGUUUGAGAAGCAGUACCCAGAAUUCCCCUGGAAGAGCGUCCAGGCUGAAAUCUUCCAGGCGGUCACAGAGCUGUUCCAGGUGGCGUGUGCCAGGCCACCCCCACUGGGCCUCUGCGACUAUCCCUCAUCCCGGGCCAUGUAUGCCGUCGACCUCAUGCUGAAGUGGGACAGCCGUCCAGAUGGGAAGCGCGUGAUGCAGCCGCAGCUCCUAGAGGUAAACUUCAACCCAGACUGUGAGCGGGCCUGCAGGCGCUACCCGGCCUUCUUCAACGACGUCUUCAGCACCUUGUACCUGGACGAGCCUGACAGCUGCCCCGUCACCCGCCUCGUCUAGGCGCCCGCCGGCCCCUCUGUGGGUGCUCGUGGGCGGAUUGCAGCCUCAGUUCCCGGAGCUGCUUCAGCGCCGUGCCCCCACCCCCCCGCCUCUGCCCCCCCUCCCCCAACGCCGUGAGCCGUGGCCCCAGCCUCACACCCUGGGGGCUCUCGGGCCCCCUCCCCCGUGGGUCAGGAGCAGAGGCCGUCCUGCUGCCCCCGGGGCUGAGCGCUAGGCCGCCCCUCACACCCCCCUCGCCGCCGUCUGUGCGGUGAUUAGUCUCAGCUCAGCCAAGGGCUUUGUUCCGGAGAGUUGGGUUCCUGGGGUGCUGUGCUUCCAGAGGGCGUUCCUGAAAGGGGUCUGGGGAGCACGACGCGGUGUUCUCAGAAACGAGCUUCCCUAGGAGCGCCCGUGGGAGCCCAGUGGCUAACAGGCCCGGACUGGCUGCUUCCCACGCUCCACCCCAGGCCCUGUGACAGGCAUCCCCUGGUCCCCCUAGGAGCCCGCUUCUCGGACCCAGCCUUCUCCUGCUUCACCAGCAACCUCCCUCGAGGCUCCGGGGCACCACAGCCACUGCCUUUGGUUGCCGUUGCCCUUCCAUUUGGCCCCGUGGAAAGGGCCAGAUGCGGCACCAGCACCUUCCCGCCCUCUGGGCACUGCAGUGUUUCCGGGCCCGCCUGAGGUUGCCUGGGACGCUCCAGUGAGGGGGCUCGGGGACAGGGGUGGGCAGCAGAGCACCAGGUGGUGGGCGGCUGAGAAAGACGCUUCCAGGGAGGAUGCCAUCUUCCACCAGCUAGAGUCAGGAUGCAGGGGUUUUGUAACUUGUUCAUUUAUGGGAAGAAAAUACAAAAUUUUCGUUCUUUCCUUAAUUUUGUUUCUGAGAUUUUGAGUCCGUUUCCAGGGUAGUUCGUGUUGCCACGGUGUACCCAGCCCAGCUAACCAGCCGGCGGGUCUGACUUUCGUGGAGGAGCUGCCUGCAGAGCUUUUCAUGUGUGUGUACAC